GGUGAGUCCGGCCGAGAUUAAAAAAAAAGAAGCUGUGGAAAGGAGUUUGGGCUGUUCACCACACUCAAAAUUUGAUUUGGAUAAUAAAGACAAAUAAUCAAGACCAUGUAAACAUUAAAAAUGGCAGCCAUGCAGCAUGCUGCACGUCAUAUUUCAAGACUUAAUUUUGCUGCAAAUCUGUCAUUCCUUUUUCCUGAAAUACCUGAUUUUAAACAGCGGUAUGCAGCUGCUAAGGAGGCAGGAUUUGGAGGUGUUGAGUGUGGUGCAGAAAUAUACGCUAUUCCUAUAAGUGAGUUGGUUUCUGUGAAGGAGAAUUCCAACAUUAUUCAAGUGUUGCUAAACUCUUUUACAGGAGACAAUUAUGGCAUUGCUGCAGUACCAUCUAGAGCAGAUGAGUUUAGACAAUGUCUUGAACUUUCAAUUCAGUAUUGUAAUGCACUGAAAUGCAAGAGGAUGCAUAUAAUGGCUGGCCAAUAUCCAGAAGGGUUAAAUAUCACUAAAGAAAUUAGCAGGUCAUAUAAGGAAACCUACUUAAAUAAUUUAAAGUUUGCAUCACAAAGAUUGGAGUUGGAAAACAUCAAGUUAUUGAUUGAGCCGAUAUCAACCAUACCAAACUAUUUUCUGACACGAACAGACCAAAGUCAGAUAUAUUAAAUUGCACCAUUAAAUUUCGGAGCUCUUAGAUCUACAAUUUUUUAUCCCUGGUAAAAUUUCUUAAAAUACUUUUCUUGAUUCUGGAAAGUUAAUUCCGAAAAUUUUGCAGUGAUUUUUUGAUAUCACAAAAGUUUAUUUCCUUAAAAGACUGGAUUUAAUUAGUUGUCAGAAGGAUCUAGACUGUUUUCUUUUUUCUUGGUAGCUCUGCAAAUCUUAAAAGCAUUAAAUUGCAAGAACGUUUUUCUUCAACUAGAUGUAUAUCACCAUCAAAGAACUCAUGGAAAUAUUGCAGACACUAUCUCAGAAAAUAUUGAUUUCAUUGGUCAUAUCCAAAUUGGUCAAGUGCCUGGUCGACAUGAACCUGAUCAAAGUGGAGAAAUUAAUUUUCAGUUUGUUUUCAAUCAUUUACUGAAGGUCGGUUACACAGGUUGGAUUGGUUGCAAAUACCUACCAAGUGGUCCGAAAACAGAUUUAAGUUGGUUGAAACCUUACCUGUAUGUAUAGACUUGUGACUCCAAUAUGUUUCGACGUGUUGUUUUUAUAUAUUGUUUCGAUGGGUUGUUUCGAUGUGUUGUUUCAUCCAGUCAAGUGCUUGUAUGUUUAUUAUCAUUUUGUCAUUUUAUAUUGCUGCACAAAACGAUGACAAUAAUGCUUUUCAUAACUAGCUUUUCCAAUGCCUUGUCUGAGCCAUAGCUCUAUCUCCGCUUAACAAAAAAAAGUAUCGCAGAUAAAUACUUUUUGUUUAUAACUCUUGUCUUUACACGAAUUGUAUCUAAGGAUAAAUCUCGCUAGUCUGUUGGUACCUUUUUUGAACGGGGUCUUUAACGAUAUAUUGUCAUGGUUUUGCAUAUACGAAGAUUAGAAAAGAAUUUUUAUUUGAAUUCGAUUUUGUUAAAUUGACAUUUAGUAUUUUAUUGUACAUUUUAAUUACACUAAA